CAUGUUUGCUUAAAGGAAUUUCGGAAAUAAAUAUUCUAAAUAUUGAAAUAAAUAUACUAGACAUCCCUCAUUUUGGAAAUAAAUUGAUCCAAUUUUGAAGGAUGGGAGAGUCCACUGGGCAUAAAUGGGUUAAUUUAUAUUACAGCCCCUUUCCCACAGCACAAAGACCGCUGACAAUCAGAGAUCUUGAGAGUGGCAGUUGGGAUUUGGUCUUCAGAGGGACGUCCUGCAAUAGUCAAAAGAUAUAUCCUGUGUAUACAGCUGGGACCAUCACUUCGAAAAUUAAACCUACUGAUAUGUCGAGAUCAUACUCGAGCCAUUACCGAAGACAGAACCUGGAAAGCAUCUGGAGCUCACUAACUCCCCGCUUCAUCAAGUUUGCACUGUAUAAGGAUGGCCUGGACGUUGCCCAUAUAAUCUUUAAAGCAGAGGGAAGAACUUUCACCAACUGGUUUGAUAAGGCAAACGUUGUAGCUUCAUCGUGGACUGACCUGACCUCAACUGCAACUUAUAACUUUUUUUCCAUUGUCGGCUACACUGGUGACAAUAAUGAGCGAUGUUUUUUCAUUAAUAGAUCAUUUGGUGGUUGCCCUGGAGAUAUCGGCCACUUUGCGGCCAUUGAUACGAUAAACAGACAAUGCUCCAUGGAUCAGCACGUUUGCUUGCCGCAGUUCAUUUACUACGAUACCAACUUUGCAGACCUGUGGAACAAGAAGCGUUUUGUGCGAGCUGACUACAUGGCAGUUUACAUCAGCCGCUAGACCAUCGGUUUUAACCCAUUUAUGCCUAGAGGACUCUCCCAUCCUUCUAAAUUGGAUCAAUUUAAUUCCAAAAUUAGGAUGUCCAGUAUAUUUAUUUCUAUAUUUAAAAUAUUUAUUACAGAAAUUCCUUAAAGCAAACAGCACAGACCCUGAUGAGACGCCACAUCAUGCGGCGUCUCAUCUGGGUCUACGCUGUUUGCCAAGGCCUUUUUUCUAGACACUAGGCAUAAAUGGGUUAAAUGAUCUAGUAAAAAUGAUGGUAUGAUGAAGUUGACAUGUUAUCUUUCGAAUUGAGUAUGUACUCAGCAAGAUUGAUAUUUAGGGUUGUAUCCAAGAGGUUCUUGAAAUCAACUAAAAUGAAUUUAUUUCCUAGUGCAUAUCAUCAAAUAAAACGAUAAAAGGACUAUUCCUUGUGUGAUCUCUUUCGACUUUAUUGGAAAUAGUAUUUACUAGUCAUCCCUAACCCUUGCAUGCUGAGAAAUUUGUCGUCUGCUAAAAGUUGUCUGCUGAAUUUCUAAAAUUAACAUUUUCUUCGAUUUUUUU